UUCGAAAAACCUUUCAUUUCGAUUCUUCCGUUCGUUCGAAUUUAUCGUCGAGCAGCCACGUUAUAAAUGACAAUUCGUAAGAUUUUGGAUACUCGGGCUAAAUCGAGAGAAACGGAAAAGAGAAAGGAGUUGACCAAGUUUAAGUCGAAAUCGAUCGUUCGAACCCGCCACGAGCUCGAGAAACCGUCGUCAGCGCGUCGAGCGAAAAAUGGCCGCGAACGUGAGAACAGGUGAGUCGUGAUUCCGUCCUCGCUGCGUCGUUUUUUCAACCUCUUUACGACUCUUUCUAUCGUUCGACGAGUGCUCCGUUAAAAGAGGCGUACACGGAUAAGAGAUGCGGAUUCCUACGCGUACCGCCCCUCGUCCACCUGUCAAUUCUCUUGCACAAAGAAGCAACGUCUGGGGUAGCACAAACGAUAUCUUUGCUACGAGCCUGACCAGCCAACCCGUGCAGAAGAAGAAACCGCCGCCUCGUCCGCCUCCUCCCAAGUUCAAUCAGUGCCAUACGCGGAGGGAUCAGAGGGAUCCGAAAUCCAAGAAACCUACCCGACCCACGGAGCUUCUGACGAAUUUCUUUGCGUGGAAAGCGGCCAAGCAAGAGCACUCCAAUACGUCUCGUUCCACGUUCAAUUUAUCCCACAUCCCGCUGCAGUCUUCCAACACCAAUGGAGCUCUGUCUUUGAUCGAUCUCAGUCCGCCUGGCUCUCCGACGUUCACCACUCGUUCUAGCAGCGACGGCGUCAGCAUAGAUAGUUUCGGUAGCGAUGGCAACUCCAAUCCCUCCGUCUUUACAAGCAGCGGGAAUACGUCCCAAACGGAAAGUGCCUUCGAAGACGAUUUUGACUUUUUUGGCAUGUCCAACAAGAAAUUUCCAAGCAACGAUCCGUGGCAAAUGAAGCCGAUGUCGGAUCCAUUCGGACCGAUAGAGGAAAGAAAUGCCGGUGCGCUCGAGGACGUCAGGCAAAUUGGAGAUACCUCCUUUUUCGCCUUCAACGAUAAUUCUACGGGGAAGCAAGUGCCUUUUGGACAAACGAGUUCUAAAGUGAUUCAUUCCGUACCGACGAUAAUACGUCCGAAACCGCCUAAACCACCGGCGCCGAAGAUAUUGAAAAAACAGUUGGAGCAAAAGAUGAGCCCGUCGAGCAGCGUACAAAGACCCGUAAGACCUCUCAGCGAACCGAUAUCCGUCGACUCCUCGUAUCCCGCGAACGACGCAUGGGGCGACGAUCUUAAGGACGAGCCUUCGCCUCCGAUGCCAACGAUCCCACCGCCGGCACCACCCUCGGAAUACCUUGUACGAUCGAAAAACGAAUUUGAGGAAAGUUCCAAUGCACCCUACGGUAUUGCGCUCUAUGAUUUUCCGGUGACGCAUUCGGACGAUUUGCCCUUGAAGGAAGGCGACGUUGUCACCCUGAUAAGAGUUGUCAACGACGAUUGGAUGGAAGGGAGGAUUGGAAAUCGACAAGGAAUAUUUCCCAUUAAUUUUCUCGACGUAAAAGUCCCAUUGCCUGGAUUACAGGACAACGUCGUCGUUGCCUUGUAUCCUUUCAAAGGAGAGGCCAUGGAAGAUUUAACGUUUGAGGAAGGAGCCAAAAUUAAAGUUUUAUCAAGACUAUCGGACGACUGGUUGUACGGCGAAUACAAAGGUAGAAAAGGUCAGUUUCCAACUAAUUAUGUGAAUAGAAUUCCAUACAGUAUUUCACGUUCAACAUAAUCAUCGUUUUACGAGAGAUUUUGGCCCUUAGGAUAUAACAAAUACUUUGAUAUUGCAAACAUUUUCUAUUUAUCAAGGGAGUUGAUAUCUCGAAACGAAUAGCGAUUUAGGCGUGUCGAUGAAUAAAUCAUUUUAAUACGAAAUUUCGAAUAAAUCUAUACGGCGAAAGGAUGUAAAUUUUUAUAAGAUUUUACUCGAGUGAAAGAAGACUGAAUCGUACACGACGCACCCAUAAAAACGAUUGUGAGAAAAUAUCGCCUUGAAUCAAAACCAUAUUCCAAGUAAAUAUAUUUCUUUGGAAGGUCGUUUUUAGUCUUAUAAUGGAAAAUAUCUUUCUGCCUUGUAAUAUAUCGAUCGAAAGCGUAUCGCAGAAUAUUUUUAAUAACGUCUUUACAUUCGCGCGAAUGUUUGCAAUAUAUAUCGAAUUGUAAUUUUUUCUUCUUCUCUUUUUCUUCUUUCCUCGUUUUUAUCACGAUUCGUAUUUGUACGAUCGAACGAAAAGAGAUACAUUCUAUUAUUUAUAUACUUUGCGAUUGAAAGUUAAAAACUGUCAACUGCAUGGCGUUGUAACAUAUCUUGUUAUAAAUUAUUUUCCAUAAAGUAUAGAAAAGUAUAACGUUAUAAUCACUUCUUGUAUUUAGCGAAACUCAUUAUUAGUCUUAAGGCGAUCUAAUGUAAGUUUCCACGUGAAUAUUGUUAUAACGCUUAACGAUUUCUACAUCAUGCUUAUCGAGUAUUUUUAUCGGUACCAUACGAGUUGUUGCAUCCAGCGGAUCUUUGAUCCCGAUAUUGUAUACCCCUCUGUGUACGAAUACUAUAUAUGAAAUAAUAUUUACGUUUUAUUUGAUCAAUCAAAUUACUGCUUUGAUAAUUGAUUCAACCAAGUAGGAUAUAUAUAUAUAUAUAUUUCUUGUACGGUACGUUUGGUAUAUAAAUUAGCGUAGUUUAAUGUACUUUUACGUCUUUGCGAGUGUGCGUGCGUGCGUGUGCGUGUGCGUGCGUAGAGAGUGUCAAAAUUGUUAUUAUUUAUACGUGGUUAAAAAGCUUCUUGAGUUUACAAGUUUUUUGUUAUAUGGUUUCCACGAGUUCUGGGUAUUCUCGUAAAAGUAAAUGAAAUGCUAUUGAAAUAUUA